AUGGGUCGUAUGAAUAUUGGCCUAAUGCGCUAUCUACAAGGCGAACAUUUCCGAGUGUUAAUUGCGAUAGAAAUGGGCAUGAAGAAUCAUGAGCUGGUACCGCUGCAGUUGAUUUCUUCAAUUGCUGGUUAUCAUCGUGGGGCAGUAUCGCGUACUCUAUCAGAUCUGCAGAAGAAUUCAUUGGUGUUAUUUACACGAGGAAAACGAUGUGUGUGA